AUGAUAACUGAAACUACUGAACAAGUUAAGAAAAUCAGAGAUAGGAUGCUCACUGCUCAGAGCCGUCAGAAGAGUUACGCCAAUCAGAGGCAGAAGCCCUUAGAGUUUGAGGAAGGAAAUCAUGCUUUCCUUAAGGUUACUCCGACAACAGGAGUGGAUAGAGCGAUUAAGACGAAGAAGCUGAAUCCCCAGUACAUCAGUCCGUUCCAGAUUCUCGAGAGACUUUGGAAGUAUACUCCUGAUGCUAGCCAUGUGUUGGAACUUGAAUCGGUUCAGUUAAAGGAAGAUUUGGCUCUGUGGUGA